UACGCAUGCGCAUUAUCCUUAUUUUAAAACAAGAACUCAGGGGCGCAUCAAGGCGGUAGCGGUGCAUGGACACCCUCUGCCGAGGAGAACCGGCCUCUGCGGUGUGAGGUCCAGCGCUUUGUGCCACCAACGCUCCUGUCAGGAGGACCUUGUCGGGCGUUGGUUGGCAGGGUCCCUGGUUGGUGGGUUCACUGCGACAAUGACAUCCACUGUGUUCACAGGCGGUGGAUAUAAGCUGGACACGGGGGGGAAGAUUGAUUUGGGCAAAGCCUCGUUAGCAGGAACGCCGGACUCCUUUAUCGGCCUGCGGCGGGAGCCGAGUGAAUACGCUGUUGGCGUCCCGAACGUCCUGGGGAACAUCCACAACAGCAGUAGCCAGCAGCACCAGGGAAAAAUUAAGCCGGGGAUGCCAGGGCCGGGACAGCUUGCCUGCAGACCGGGACAGAACCUUGGGCUUGGGUCGGGGCAGGAGGAGAACUGGGUGCGCUUUGGGACCCAAGCUCCCCAGGGCAAACCGAUGGGUGGCGAAAGCACCAUGCCUGGCAACGCUAAUACACUACUAGCGCAGGCAAACGGUGGUACGGGUAAGAUGGACACGGUGUCUCUCAACACUAUGAAACAGCCCCGGGAGAAUGCGGCGGGCGGCGGGGAGGUCAGAGGGUCGGUCUCAGCUGCAGCCGCGGGGGCGCCGUCAUCAGAACCAGGUCCUGAGGGCAAACGAAGGAAAGGACCCAGUCACUCCACAACACAGACCAGCUGUAUACGUCAGAUUCUCCUACUACAGCUGGAGCUCAUUGAACAGCAGCAGCAGCAGCUCCAGUCCAAGAGCCAGGAGAUAGAUGACCUCAGAGCCGAGAAGGAAACGCUCCUGGCUCGGAUCGAGCGUAUGGAGCGCCGCCUGCAGCUGGGUAAGAAGGAUGUGUGUGACCAACACACCACCCGUGCCCCCAGCCGGCAGGAAGACCAGGAAGCAGCACCGGGGACUCCUGAGAGGCAGGGGGCGUCUGACGGCCACAGCGGCCAUGCCCCCCGAACUCUGCCUUUUGGCAGGGGAGGCAAAGGCCACAAACGGCGGUUCCUCUUCCAGGACCCCAGGACAGCCAGACGACGGGCCCAGGCCAAGGCUUCGCAGUCCCCACAAAAGGAGGGCCUCCUUCCCAAAGAGGAGCCUCUGGACGAAGCAGAGUUUUCAGAUGGGUCAACUGGAACUAGCUCGGUCACCACCGAGGACCUGGACUACUUGUCUACCACAGACAUGUACCUGUGUCGCUGGCACGAGCCCCCCCCCUCUCCAACGUGGCGAGAGCCCUCGCCCAAGAAGGAGGAGCCUGUGGCCAUUCCAUCGUGGAAAGAGAACUUUAUGGAGCCUCUGGGAGAGGACGAGGCAUUUGACAUCCCUGAGAACCUAGAUGACAACGUCUUCCUGAAGCGCCACUCGAAGCACGAGCUGGAUGAGAAGAGGAGGAAAAGAUGGGACAUCCAGCGGAUCCGUGAGCAGCGGAUGUUCCAGAGGCUACAGCAGCGCAUGAACAAGAGGAAGGGCAUCCAGGAGAGUGUACCUGAGGUGUUCUCUUUUUACCCCGACGCUGAGGACGCGGAGUCCCUCAUGAUCACGCCCUACCUCCCAGUGGCGGCGUUUGGCCGACCUCUGCCAAAAUUGACGAGAAGGAGCUUCGACUUGCCCUGGCUGGAUGAGCGGAGCCGCUGCCGGGUAGAGGUGCCCAAGAAACACACCCCCCACCGGACCUGCCGAAAAUAAAUCUGUCCUCCUUAGGAUACCCCAGUUGGCUUAAAGCCUGGCGGCACUCCUGUGUGAGAGCCUGCUUGUUGUUACUUGGGAGAACAACACUCAUGGGGUGGGGAAACUGCAUGCCACAAUCCCCUAGCAUCCAAAGGUGUGCCAUGCCAUAGUUUGCACAUUGUUGGAAUGCAAACAGAUCCUUUUGUUGGUUCAAUCAUUGGGGUGAGGUUGAUGUGGACUAGCUGGAGGAGCAGAGGACAUAUUUGGUGAUGUUCCCAGAUUUUCUGUUUUUUGAGGAUGAUUCCUCGUUGCCACUACCCAAAAUAUCCCCAAACAAACGGGCUGAUGUUCUCCAAACUGUUCAUAUUAUCGUUCACAUUGACAUGCAUCGUAUUUGAACAGCGCAGAAUGUAGCUGUCUCCCAUCUGUCUGUGAUUGCCGUUGCAUACUACAGAAAGGAGAUCUGUCUGAGAGAAAAAUGACUUUAUGAUGAAGCUGGAAUGUGUUGAAAGUGCUUUCAGCAGCAUUUAUGGUUUGUUGCGAAGAUGUUAAUGUAAUAAUAAUAAUAAUAAAACGCUUUCUGACCAUUAA